UGGGGGAAGGCAGAGCCUGGGGCGGGGGGAUCGCCCCCCCCUUCGCCCGUGCGCCCCGACCCUCCUCCUCAUGGGGGCGGAGCCCCUCGACUCCAUGGGGGGGGCUGGAUGUGCGGGAUAACCCUCCCCCACCCCCCGAUGCCGGCCGCCCCCGGCCCCGAGUGGGGCUCCCCAGGCGCUGGGCACCCCUCUGCCGCCUCCCGGGGGUGCGCGGGGAGCGUCCUCCUGGGCGGGGGGCGUGUCGGGACCCCCCCGCGGUCCCUGCCCGGCCCCACGGGUUAUUACCGGCGCGGUGGGCUGCUACUACCGGGGCGGUUGUGCGUUAGGCUGUGGGUCCGUCCGGCGGGGCCGCCCGCCCGCGUCCCCAUGCAGAGAGGAGCUGACAGCGGGCCAUGAGCAACGCCACGGCCCCCACGGCCCCGGGUGCAGCGGGCGACUCGCUGGUGGGCUACGUCCUGGGCCCCUUCCUCCUCGUCACCCUCCUGGGUGCCAUCCUGGCCGCGGUGAUGUACGUCCGGAAGAAGCGGAGGUUUGACCGUCUGCGCCACCGGCUGCUGCCCAUGUACAGCUACGACCCGGCCGAGGAGCUGCAGGAGUCCGAGCAGGAGCUGCUGGUGGAGGCGGAGGACGCCCGGGUGGUGCCCGGCUGGGGGGGCCCCUCGCCCCACCGGCCCCUGCGCAGGGACUGGAAGGCCUGAUGCUGCCCGGAGCGCUGGGACCGAAUCCUGCCCGCGGGAGGCAAGGGGGGACGGUGUCCUCACCGCCGCUGCUGCCGUCGCGUCCGCCGGGAAGGGCAGGGUGCGCCCACGGUAGGGUGACGAUGCCGGCGGCCGCUGCCUGGGACUGAUGAUAGUGGGUUAUCUCCCACCUCAGUGCCUGUUUUUUGCCUUUUUUUUUUUUUGCUUGAACCGCCCCGCCAGCCCCUUAACACGCACUGGGCAGGACGGCUGGGGCUGGCACCCUGGCAGGGGAGCAGCCGGGCUCCGGGGCUUUGCGGGGUGCGGAGGGCAGGACGCAGAGGAGCAGCGCAGCGCAUGCGAGAGCAAAUAAACGUGUUUCUCUA